AUGGACAGGGCCAGAAGUCUAGAAGCGGCGUCGAGAGAGCGGCCACGCUCUCGCAUCAUGGACCGCAAGAUCCUCCCAAGUGGUUUCUCUGUUUUCAACCCUGGCGGGCGCAGCGGGCGUUUCCGUCUAAAACCCCAGACUGCACGUUUCUUUGCCCCGUCUCCAGAGAUUCCAUCAGCGACACAGCAGACGCUGCAGAUUCAGCAGAAACAGUCGCAUACUGAGCGCAGCGUACAGGAGAUCGUGUGCUGGAUGGAAAAGGCCGAGAGAGCUGUAACAAACCCCGUCAGUGUGGCUUCGCCGCCGGUUGCUGAGCAGCACUCUUCCUCUCAGCUGAACGUCACUUGCAAGCCAGCUACUCCAACAACGGUGGCGAGUUCACCUUGCACCACCAAAAUGCCCUCGAGAGGGCCACCAAUUGCAGCAGCCGCUUCUGCCGCUUCCGAGUAUACGCCGCUCACAAUGCUUGAAUACAGAGCUUACAUGAACAAUCGACCGCUGGGAAGGUGUCUUGAUGAUUACCCCAGUGAGGAUGAUCUUCUCUGCAACCAUAACAAUGCUGCUACUGUCAUUGUGGGAGACAAGCGCUCUGAUGACCAAGACGCGGAUUGUGAUCACCUUCUUAAGGCGUCGGGUGGUGGUGAUCCGUCACCUGAUAGUAGCUCGUACCACCAGGUCAAGCUAUUCACGCUUGCUAGGAGCAAUGAUGGCAGCGGUUCUGAGCAAGAAAAUACCAAAGACAACCUCGGAAACAUGAACACAGACUGUCUGCCUCGAGGAAUGUCUGGUGAUGCCGUCAUUGCAUUGGGGGAAGAUGUUCUUGUCGAAUCGCAUCCAGUCGAGGCAGUCGUGCAACCACCGAUAUCGAGGCUCAAAGUGCAGAACAUACCCCUCAAGGGACACCCGUUUAGCCUCAAAGAUACCGGAAAAAAGGCAGGCGGGCCAUGCACUGUAUCAUCCAACGCCAACGGUCAAAGCAACAUCAGCUGCAAUAAAUUCUUUACGUCUCAUCUCAAAGGUCAACCCGGGAAGUCUGGCACCUUGCCGUUUAUAAUCACAGAAACGCACGUUGAAAAGCCGCGUACACCACCAAGACUGCAGAUAGGACCGGAAACCGGUGCCUAUGGUAGUGGUCGUUCCACAGAUAAUCAGCAUAUUUCAAAGGCACCCCGACGUUUGAACGAAAGACAUGAGGAUAAGAAGGGCGGUGUCGACAUCCUGACGCAGGGUAGAGCCAGCCAAAGUCCAGACUACCAGGCAGAACGACAGCAUCAGAAGCCCGAGCAGCCCUCCAUAUAUACGGCGAUGACAACCACGAUAGCCUCAAUUCCGACAAAAGAACCACCUCACCCUCCCCCUCUCUUUACAAAGCCUCAACCAGACCCUCAACGCUGGCGAACCGUCUCUGAGUCCCGGGUUCGGACCUACCUCUUCAUCUCGGAUAGUGAAGUGGAUCAGUACGGUCGGCAGUGCAAGCUGGAUAAGGAAAGGGAGAAGAAGGCGGCUGCUGAGCGGUGCAAGCGGUGCGGGAGUACCAGCGGCACGGCCGCGGCAGCAAGCCCUACUACGCCCAUCUGCCAAUCGGCGAGAACGCCGCUCCGCCGCCAUAAAUCAUCCAUCGCGUCGGCGAGGUCGGCCAAGUCGGUCCAAGAGAAACUAAGCGAGUUAAAUGCCUAUCUCGGCGGGUUGGAAAGCGAUGGCGAAGAGGAUGAGAACGGAUUGUAG